UAAUCAGUACACCCAGUUUCCUUUGGGCUCUGAUGUGUCUGCACUGAAGAUUAAAUGGUCUCCUGUUACCAGUCAUCAGCUGGAGUUCGCUUCCCCGUGGAAAAACCUAGAAAACAAGCCCCACACACCCACGUGAUCUUCACUUCCACUGUUCUUAUUACCUCAAUAAUCCAACUCUAAAGGAAAGCAGGAACUUGGGUACUCUUGGCUUAUCUUUUUUUUCUUUGUCGAAUUGUUUCUGCUUACUUUGUUUCAAUUGUUUGGUUUGAUGGGUUGUAGAUAUUAUUCUUUAACAUGUAAUUAUUAAGGAAUCAUUUUGGUUCGUGUACCAGAUCUGUUUUCUUUCAUGGUUUCCUUUUUUUAUUGUACAGACAGAGCUAAAAGUUAGUUCAUCAAAGGAUCAAGAAAGCACAUGAACUGUUUCAUACUUUUUAAGCUUUUAGUAUUUUGUUUCUGUUGCUAUUUUAAGUCUUGUUUGUUGGUUCAAGAAAUUGGACAUCAGGGUUUUGUUUCAUUCGGUACUGUACUGUGAUGAUCAACCCGAAAUUGACUUCUUGAACUCUUAUAGUUUUCAAUUGAAGCUACUUAAAGAUGAGGGGAAAUAAUUUCAAGAAUCAAAAGAUUUGAUCUUUCGAUUUGAUCCUCAAAGAUCUGAGUUAUUCCAAUAUGGAGAAAGCUAAGACCAUUGUUUGGUUUAGACGGGACCUUCGAAUUGAGGACAAUCCUGCGUUAGCCGGAGCAGCUAGGGAUGGCUGUGUGUGUCCUGUGUUUAUAUGGUGCCCUCAAGAAGAAGGACAGUUCUAUCCUGGCCGAGUGUCGAGGUGGUGGUUGAAGCAGUCUCUGGCUCACUUGAGCCACUCGCUGAAAUCGCUUGGGGCGGAACUUGCAAUGGUUAAAACCCAUAGUACUCUGGCUGCUCUUUUGGAUUGCAUCAAUGCGGUUGGAGCAACAAGAGUUGUGUUCAAUCAUCUCUAUGAUCCAGUAUCUCUUGUUCGUGAUCACAACAUCAAAGAAAAACUGGAGGAGCUUGGUAUUUCUGUGCAAAGCUAUAAUGGGGAUUUGCUGUAUGAACCAUGGGAAAUAUAUGAUGAAAAUGGACAUGCUUUUAUGAAAUUUGACGCAUACUGGGAGAAGUGCUUGGACAUGCAAAUGGAACAAGUUUCACAUCUUCCUCCAUGGCGGUUAAUACCUGCUUCAGGCAUAGUUAAUAGCUGUUCAAUUGAGGCAUUGGGUCUCGAAGAUGUAGCAGAAAAGUCGAGCAAUUCCUUACUAGGAAGAGCAUGGUCUCCUGGUUGGAGUAAUGCUGAUAAGGCACUGACUGAAUUUGUUGAAAAGCAUCUAAUAGACUAUUCGAAGAAUAGGUUAAAGGUCGGGGGAAAUUCCACUUCACUUUUGUCCCCGUAUCUUCAUUUCGGAGAAGUGAGUGUAAGGAAAGUUUUCCAUUCCAUUCAAGUGAAACAGUUGUUAUGGGCAAAAGAUGAGAACACGGAAGGGAAAAGAAGUGUGACUCUAUUUCUAAAAUCCAUUGGGCUGAGGGAAUACUCCCGUUACCUUUGUUUUAACUUUCCGUUUACCCACGAGAGAUCGUUGUUGAGCAACUUAAGGUAUUUUCCAUGGAAUGCCAACCACGAUCAUUUUAAGACUUGGAGGCAGGGAAGAACUGGUUACCCGUUAGUGGAUGCAGGAAUGCGUGAACUCUGGGCUACUGGUUGGACACAUAAUAGAAUAAGAGUGAUUGUUUCAUGUUUUGCUGUAAAAGCUCUGCUUCUUCCAUGGAGAUGGGGAAUGAAGUAUUUCUGGGACACAUUAUUGGAUGCGGACAUUGAGAGCGAUAUCCUCGGUUGGCAGUAUAUAUCUGGCAGCUUACCAGAUGGCCAUGAUCUUGAACGUCUAGAUAGUCCUGAGAUGCAAGGUUCAAAAUUUGAUCCAGAGGGUGAAUACGUGAGGCAGUGGCUACCCGAGCUAGCCAGAAUGCCGACUGAGUGGAUCCAUCAUCCUUGGGAGGCACCUCAUAAUGUACUUAAAGCUGCAGGGGUGGAAUUGGGACAAAACUAUCCAAAACCUAUAGUUGAUUUGGAUUUAGCUAGAGAACGUCUUACUGAAGCUAUAUUUAGGAUGUGGGAAACGGCUGCAAUGGCUUCAACCUCCUCAGGUGGAACAAAUGAAGUAGUUGUUGACAACUCUAAUGGUACUGACAUUUUGGCCGUCUCGAAGGUUGCAUCAAAAGCUCCUUGUCCUAGUGCUUCAUUAAAUGAUCAGAUGGUUCCAUCAACCGGAAAUCUCGAGAGUACUCCAUUUGUUAGGAAGAGAUCGAAACCCAUGGAAGAGGAAAAACCACAACCUGAAACUCUACGUGAUUAUAAUGACAUUUAUGGGACCUGUAGAACAGAUGAAGAGUCAUGCUCUACGGCUGAAUCUUCAGCAUCGAAAAAGCAGGCCACCAGCAGAGUUUCAUUUUCUGUUCCCCAAUAUUGUUCCACAUCAGAAAGCAACCCCAUGCAAGAUUGUGAAUCUUCCGACCUCAAGCAGCCUUGGCAAGUACAAAUAGAUACGGAACGUGAUUCAAGCAAAGAUGAACUUUUUACUGACAAAUUUGCAGUUGCUAUGGGAACCUAAUCACUAGCCGGCGGCCUACUGUGUAAGAGGAGAGCUGAUUCGGGGCGCAAAAUUUCUGGAAUUGUUAAUACUAAUGUCAAAUAUAUAACUGAUCAGUUGAAUUUGUGUCUCUAAAGUCUGCUGCUUGCAGAUUGUAUCUCAUCAUCAUGGUUCAUGUUGUAUAAAAGAGAUCUGAGACAGUUGGCCUAGUUUUAUUCAGAACACUUUCUACUGAUAAGUGAUUUUUUUAAUUA